AUGUCGACCACCACCACCACGAACACCGAGGCCAUCACGGCCGAGUCGAUCCUCCGCCUCUUCCCCGAUAUCGACACCAGCACCGAGGCGCUCUCCGGCCACGAUGCCGAGCAGAUUCGGCUGAUGGACGAGGUGUGCAUCGUCCUCGACGAGAACGACAAGCCCAUCGGCAACGCCAGCAAGAAGGCCUGCCACCUGAUGACCAACAUCGACAAAGGCCUCCUGCACCGCGCCUUCUCCGUCUUCCUGUUCGACUCGGAGGACCGCCUGCUCCUGCAGCAACGCGCGUCCGAGAAGAUCACCUUCCCCGACAUGUGGACCAACACGUGCUGCUCGCACCCGCUGGGCAUCCCCGGCGAGACGGGCUCGAACCUGGAGGACUCGGUUGCCGGCGUGAAGCGCGCCGCGCAGAGGAAGCUGGAGCACGAGCUCGGCAUCGACCCCAAGCAGGUCCCGUUCGAGGACUUCCACUUCCUGACGAGGAUUCACUACAAGGCGCCCAGCGAUGGGAAGUGGGGAGAGCACGAGAUUGACUACAUCCUCUUCAUCAAGGCCAACGUCGACCUCAACAUCAACAAGAACGAGGUCCAGGCCACGCAGUACGUCAGCGCCGACGAGCUGAAGAAUCUGUUCAAGCAGCCCGACCUCAAGUUCACGCCGUGGUUCAAGCUCAUCUGCGAGAGCAUGCUGUUUGAGUGGUGGUCGAACCUUAACUCCGGUUUGGAGAAGUACACCAACGAGCAGGAGAUUCGUCGCAUGUAG